UUCUCUCUCUCUCUCUCUCUCUCUCUAUAUAUAUAUAUAUAUACACAGUAAUUAGCCCUAACUUCAUCUUCUCUUCUUAUCCAUCCCCAAACUUUCCAUAAUCAAACCUUAUACUAUAUAUAUAUAUAUAUGAUUAUGAGUAAUGCAUGCUAUUAGGCAUUUGAAGUGAUCUAAUUAUAUAUACAUAUAAGAAUGAGAAUGAAUAAGAUGGACCUUCUUAUAAUGAGUAAUUCGAAAACACAGAGAGUAAUAUUAAUCCCGAUGGUCUCUUACAGUCGCAGUAUGUUUGGUGUUGUCCUCCUUCUUGUAAUAUUAUUAUUCUCCUCUUCAUCUUCAUCCUCAUCCAUGGCUGCCACAAUUAAGCAUUUCAAAUGGCACGUGGAGUACAAGCACUGGUCCCCCGACGGCGUCGAAGGUACCGUCUUGGCCAUCAAUGGCCGCUUCCCGGGCCCAACCAUUCGGGCUCGGGCCGGUGACACCAUAAACGUUGAGCUCACCAACAAGCUCACCACUGAGGGACUCGUCAUCCACUGGCAUGGCAUCCCACAGAUUGGAACACCAUGGGCAGAUGGGACAGCGUCCAUCUCACAGUGUCCUAUUAAUGCAGGAGAAACAUUUGUCUACAGGUUUAAGGUUCCCAAGGCGGGCACAUACUUCUAUCAUGGGCACUACGGAAUGCAAAGAUCGGCGGGUCUGUACGGAUCCCUGAUUGUCGACGUGGCAGAGGGAGAGACGGAGCCAUUCCGCUACGACGGAGAGUUCAAUCUCCUGCUCAGUGAUUGGUGGCAUAAGUCCUCUCACGACCAGGACCUUGACCUCUCCUCCGCUCCCAUGCGUUGGAUCGGUGAGCCUCAGAGUUUGCUGAUCAACGGGAGAGGGCAAUUCAACUGCUCUCUGGCGGCGCAUUUUAGCAAGGCUAGAAUAAGCCCGUGCAGUUUUAGAGGAGGUGAGCAGUACGCGCCCUAUAUUCUCCAUGUCCGCCCCAACAUGACCUACCGGCUUAGGUUAGCCAGCACCACUGCACUCUCUGCACUCAACUUUGCCAUUGGGGAGCAUAAGCUGGUGGUGGUCGAAGGUGAUGGCAAUUAUCUUAAACCAUUUUCAGUGGACAAUAUGGACAUAUACUCCGGUGAGACUUAUUCAGUCCUUUUCACUACAAACCAAAACCCUUCUCAAAACUACUUUAUUUCCAUCACUGUUAGGGGUAGGGAGCCAAAGACACCCCCCGCCCUAACCCUACUCAAUUACGACGACGACCAUCGUCAUCCUACCCGGCCUCCUCCGGUGGCCCCCCGGUGGGAUGACUAUGAUGCUAGUAUAGCCUUUUCCAACAAGAUCCUCGCUCUCGAGGGCUCGCCCAAGCCUCCUAGCCAUUACCAUAGGAGAAUUGUGUUGUUGAACACUCAGAAUUUGAUCGAUGGUUACACCAAGUGGGCUAUAAAUAAUGUGUCCUUAGUGCUGCCUACCACGCCCUAUUUGGGCUCCAUUAAGUAUGGAAUACCCAAUGCCUUCGACCCCAAGGGCCCGCCGGACCGGUUCGGGGACGAGGAAGGCUACGAUAUCACGAGGCCCGCUCCCAUUCAGACAGCGGUGUACGGGAGCGGCGUGUACGUGCUUAGAUUCAACACGACGGUUGACGUAGUGCUGCAGAAUGCGAACGUGCUCAAGGCAAACGUGAGCGAGAUACACCCGUGGCACCUGCACGGGCACGACUUUUGGGUGUUGGGGUACGGCGCGGGGAAGUUUAGGGAUGUCGACGAGGCGGGGUUCAACUUGAGGAACCCGCCGCUGAGGAACACGGCGGUGGUUUACCCUUACGGGUGGACGGCGUUAAGGUUUGUGGCGGAUAAUCCCGGGGCAUGGGCGUUCCAUUGCCACAUCGAGCCGCACUUGCAUAUGGGGAUGGGGACCGUGUUCGUCGAGGGUGCGCGCCGCGUCCGCAUCCCGACACCGGUAGCCGCCGAGGCUCUUGCUUGUGGCUUGACAGGGAAAUGGCUAAUGAGCCACAAUCCAGGCCACCAUUGAUCAUGAGCCCUACGUUACAUUGCAUUUCAUCUAUAUAUAUAUAUAUAUAUAUAUAUCUAUAGGAUCCAUGCAAUAUUGCUUGCAUUCAAUUCAAUUGCUUAUAUAAUUUUAUAUGGAGUAUUUUCUUAUGUUUUGGAGUUUGAUCAA